AUGUCAAGUCACGAUUACUACGGCGGCGGCGGCGGCGGCGGCGGUCACCAAGACUACGGCUACGGCCAACAGGGCUACAACGCCGCUCCACCGCCGCAAGGCCAAUAUGGCGGUCACAGUCCCUAUCCUCCGCAACAGGGCGCCUAUCCUCCCCCGCCGCAAGACCAGUACAACCAGUACCAGUCGCCGCCUCCUCCUCAGCAGCAAUACGACCCUUACAACAACAACGGCAACCAAUACUCGCAGGCGCCCCCACCCCACAGCUCCUACUCGCCCGCCCCCGGCUACAACAACGCCGUCACCGCCGCCCCGUACCCCACCGGCGGCGAUGACUACAACCGCGGUAGCAACACGCACUCGCCCUACCCGCCGCCCGCGCCGUACGGCGGUGCGCCUCCACCAGGUGGUAGCGAGUAUGGGUACAACAACCAGCACCAGCAGCAGCAGUAUCCGCCGCAGCAGGGUUACGGCGGUGAGCACGAGCGCGCGCAGCAGUACGGCCCCGACGGUACUCCGCUGCCGGCGGAUGGCGAUCGCGGCUUAGGCGCGACGGUGCUGGGUAGCGCGGGCGGCGCGUUCUUGGGCCACAAGAUGGGUGGAGGAGCGUUGGGGACGAUUGGUGGGAUGGUGGCUGGUGCGAUUGGGGCGAAUAUGUUGGAGAAUCAUCAUGAGAAGGACAAGAAGAAGAAGAAGCACAAGAAGCAUAAGAAGCACGGCAGCAGCGACCACGGCUCUCACUACGGCGGCUCGUCGGCGGCCAUCGGCGGCCUCUACCCGCCCAGCUACAGCAGCCACGGUCACAAGCACAAGCACAAGCACAGGUCCAAGAGCAGGGGCGGGAGCAGCAGCAGCAGCUCGUCGAGCGACUCGGACUAA